AUGUCUAAGGUUAAUGAAAAAUUUGGCCAUCAAGUAACAUAUAGAAAAGCGUGGCUUGGGCGUCAACGCGCAUUUACAUUGCUAUAUGGUGAUUUUCAGAAAUCAUUUAGUGAGCUUCCUAAGUUUUUUGCAGCUUUUCAAUACUUUAAUCCUGGAACAGUUGUGGAAUGGAAACACGAAGAGUCAAUGAGUUCACCAGAGGUAAAAACUUUUAAGUUUGUAUUUUGGGCUUUCAAGCCAUGCAUUGAUGGGUUCCAAACUUGUCGUCCUGUUAUUUCAGUAGAUGGAACUCAUAUGUAUGGUAAAUAUGAGAUAAAAUUGUUAAUUGUUGUUGGAGUUGACGGAAAUGAUAACAUUCUUCCUCUUGCAUUUGGUAUUGUUGACAAAGAGUCGAAAGAGGCAUGGAAAUGGUUUUUUAGGAAAUUGAGUGCACAUGUGAUAAAAGAUAGAGAAGAUAUUUGUAUUAUCUCUGAUAGGGCAAAAGGAAUCUUGACUAGUUUAUCAGAGUUGUGGCGAUUGCAGGAACCUCGGGCCUUUCAUCGAUUUUGUCUGAGACAUCUUAAAAGUAAUUUUCAAUCUCAAUUUCCAAAUAAGGACCUCAGUAAUCUUAUGUGGAGGACUGCUACAACUCAUCAAGUAAGGAAGUUUGAAGCUUUGAUGUGGGAAAUUCAAGAAGAAAAUAGAGAAGCAUAUGAAUACCUCAUGCGAAUUCCAUUGGACAAAUGGACUGUUAGUCAUGAUAAUGGAAAAAGAUGGGGAGUACUGACAACAAAUCUUUCAGAGUCUUUCAACGGACUUCUAAAGAAAGCUCGAGGCUUGCCCGUCACUGCUAUGGUUAGACUUUCAUUGGAGCAAACCGUUGAACGAUAUACUCGUAGAUGUCAAAAGACUCACCAACUUGUUGAGCAAAAGGAAUUAUGGACAAGCAGUUUCAAAAAGAAGUGGGAGAAAAACUAUGAAAAUUCAAAAAGACACUUUGUUUAUGAUUGGAAUAUAUCCACAGGGGUAUGUGAGGUUAGAUCAAUACAAAUUGAUGGUAUUGGUGGUAAUCCUCAUUGUAUUUCAUUAAGUGAAAAAAAUGUGAUUGUGAAAAAUGGGCUAAUUUGCACUUCCCGUGUUCACAUGUCAUGA